AUGAGAAGCAAGGUUCUGAUAUCAGGCCUCGUCGUGUUUUCAUUUUACAUAAUUUCUGUGGAAUCCAGAUUCCAAAUAAAUAAAUCACCGCAAAACAACGAUUUCAUAUCAAAAGAUAUUUCAGAACUAGGACUAAAUGUGUAUUUGGACGAAAUCGACUUCAUACCGCAUGAAGUCUCAGUAACAGGAAAAACCAAAGAAGUUUGCAAAAAAUCACUUGAAACAAAUUAUGAAAACGAUGUGUAUGGGUUAUGUGAGUAUUUUGACUGCGAUAUAAGGUUUAUUUCAUCGAGACCGUACAACGACAAAGUGCCGCCCUUUACAAAACUACCAAAUAAUAUAAUCUUACCAAAUAGUGGGAAUAUAAGUGACCAACAGAGGAAAAAGUGUAAUUUAACAAAGUUAGCGGCCCGUUGCAGUUCCUAUUUGAGGUUUGCAAACUGUAUAUACAUCAACUAUGUUGAUGGACGCAGAGCCUCCAUUAGAAAUAUAAAGUUCUCACCCGAAAUAGAAGGAAGCCUUAAAAUAUACCCAAAUAGCGAGCUUAUAGAUACAUAUUUCUCAGUUGACGGUGGAACUAUAGGCUUCCUAUUCAGAGAAUAUAUGCAAAAUAUAUGCAGCUUUGUACAUAAUUCCUGUGAAACUCUGCACCCACAAUUCAAGAACAUCAACAAAGGCUACUUUUGGUCCCAGGCCUGUGUUGUAUUUGAUUUUAUCACUCCAAUUGAAGGAUACCAUAGCCUCUUUAGCACCAAGUUACCCUAUGAGCAAGUUGAAUCUCUUGUGUCCAGGGAAAAGGAAGACUUCGUAAAUUACCAAAUCUAUAAACCAAGUAACAUCGUUUUCUCCGAACUGAAUAUUCCACUGCUUGAUCCAUACAACACUGUUGACCAACUGCAAGAAUACAGGGAUCUUCUGCUCAAUUAUAGAUGCCAAUUGAUCAGUGAGCUCAACAAUAGAACCAAGAACUUGGAACUGUACAGCCAUUCUGGCAAAUAUCGUAUAUAUGCAGCAUGCUUUGAGCUGGAGAAGUAUUAUAAAAAAUGCGAUUUAUGCAAGAAGAUUGGGGUUAAAAACACAAUAGAACAACAAAAUUUUUAUUGA